UUUCUACUCCAUUUCUAGGGUAGCAGAGGGAAAAGGGAAAGGAAAAUCGAAAUUCCAAUUGCAUUCUCCCAGAGCUGGAAUUGAGCGAUCUGAGUGAAUUUGUGGUUGUCGAUCUUAUCAAUUGAAUAGAAUGGGGUUGGUGUGGUUGGAAGCGAUGCUGCCAUUGGGAAUUAUAGCAGGGAUGCUCUGCGUUAUGGGCAACGCUCAAUAUCACAUCCACAAAGCUGCUCACGGCCGCCCUAAGCACAUUGGGAACGACGUCUGGGAUGUGGCUAUGGAGAAACGUGAUAAGAAAAUCAUGGAGAUGCUCUCUUCGUCUCCUGCUUCCAACUGAUUUAGGU